AUGGAGAAAUCAAUGUCAUUCUGGAGGUCUGCACCGUGGAAAAAAGAAGAAAAAAGUUGGUCAGUUGGAAGUGGUAAAUUGGGCAAUCAAGAUAUAGAAAGGUACUAGCAUUUUAAGUGAAAAAAGUUUCAUUUUGUAAAAAAUCAAUACAAUUUUUUUUUUCAGAUUGGCCGUAAACAAAGACAAGCCAGCCUACCGAGCCUUGGAAUCCAUGCAAAAGAUCGGCUUCUUUGCGGUGAAGGGUGUAUUUAAGCUUGGAAGUAAGUGAAGUUUUGUUAAUUAAUAAAGGGAGACCUGGGGACUUUUUACUCCACGAUUUUACCAAAAAAAAGCCAGAGAUUUUUCGAAGUCCGAGAAAGUCAACUGAAAAUCAUUCCAAAAAUUUUCCAAGUUUUAGCGGUUUCGGCACGAAAAUAAUUUUCAAAAUCGGGAAGGCAUAGUAAAGUAAAUUCAGAAUAUUUUUUCCUCAAAUUCAAUCGGUUGAAAAUGGCGAGUCUCAGCUCCAGAAAAAUCUAAAUUUCAGGAAAAUCGGCGGAGUCUCCGCGGAGAAAUCUAAAAAAAGAGGACGAGUGGCCCACCCUGUAUUACCCAUGACGUCAGCAAGUUUGAUUUUUUGAUCUCUCAGAUUAAAUUUUUCGAUAUUUCUGUGACUCAUGAGGUUAUUGACCUUAUUUUUUAAAAAUUUCUAGCCUCCUAAUUUAUUGGUCUUUCAGAUUUCCUCUGGUCCCACUAAUAUCAAACUGUCCUGCCAAGAAGAAGAAGAAUCUACGAUUUUAAUUUGAUCUACAUACUUGUUGUUGCUUUUUAUUUUAUUUUGUUUGCUUUGAAAGGGGAAGGGGAAAUGUGCGAAAGGGGUGGGUAAUGUAGGUAAUCGGAAUUAGGGGCAAAUGAUGACAUAGUUGGGCCAUUUAUGAUGAAUUUUUAUUUCUGGGCCAGUAGGGAGCAUGUUGCUUAGAUAGCUUACAGCGGAAGUACUCCAAGUGCGACGCUCAGAUUUUCUUUAAAUUUUGCACACACGUCGGGUAUGGACUAGAUAUCAAUUCCUGAAAGUUUUAGCUCGCGCUUUGCGGGCGCCGCCGAGAUAUCGAACGAUUUUUGCCGCCGAGAGAGCACGCUAAACGUGGAAGGCGGUCAGAGAGAAAAGCGCUUUUUGGCCAUAACUUUGGCAGUUUCGUGCGGAAAAAUUUGAUUUUUUUGUAGAAACAUUAUCCUUUACGGUAGAAACAGGCACGAAACAUUUUGUGCCCAAAUUCGGCAAAAAGUCCUAAAUUUUGGCCGACUUUCGAUCUAAAAAUCUCGGUUGUUUCUGCAAAGCGCGAGCUGGAGUUUUCGCAUAUAUUGAAGAAAAAAAUACUCUAAAUUUGUGCCAAGUUUCAUCAAAAUCUGAGCGUCGCACUAUGAGUACUUCCCCUUUAGAUAGCUGACUAUUGACGAUUUGCUCUGAGAGUGUGGGGUACACGGAAUUCCUUUAGUUAUUGACUGGGGAAAGGGUGAAUUUCGGCAUACAGAUUGCGGUUUUAUCAACUAAAUUACCCAUAUCCGCGGGGACUUUGAGCUGGUUCGCCUAGAAGAUUGAUUAUAAUAGGUGAGGAGGUGCCCCAGGGCGGACAGUUCGAUUAGUGUGGGUUGUUUUUUUGUCUGUUUUUUUCGGCCGUAUAAGCGCCAUUUCUGUCGUCUUGUGUCGCUUGAAUAGUGUAUCGAAGCCAGAAAUGGCAAAUUCAUCACCCAACGCUCCUCGAAUUCAGCAGUGAACACACCAUGCUGGUUGUCUGUAAACCCCCGAAAACCGGCGACCGGGGCGACAAAUUCUAUCGGCGGGCGCACACUUGCGGGCAACCAGUUUGCGGGCAAAUCUUUUGCGGGCAGCCGACAUUUGCGGCCAGCACCGGCAUUUGCGGGCAGCCUGGGACAUUUGCGGGCAGCCUGGAAGAUUUGCGGGCAGCCGACAUUUGCGGGCAACCGGCACCUGAUUGUGAGGGUAACAGGAUGGACGUGGAAAAAUUACUAUGAUAUUAUAUUUUGGAAAUUUGCCGACAUUUGCGGGCAACCGGCACUUGAGGAUAACAAGGUGGAGGUGGAUAAAUUACUGCGAUAUUUUGGAAAUUUUCCGACAUUUGCGGGCAGGCAAUACUUGCAGGAAACCGACAUUUGCGGGCAACAGUUCCAAAAGUUCCUAUACAGUCUGUGUGAUUGUUUUUUCCUGUUGUCCGCAAGUGUCGGCUGCCCGCAAAUGUCGGCAAAUUUCCAAAAUAUCGCAGUAAUGUUUCCACCUCCACCCUGUAACCCUCCGGUGCCGGUUGCCCGCAAGUGUCCCAGGCUGCCCGCAAGUGUCUCAGCUGCCCGCAAAUGUGACCCCCCAAAUUUUGCCCGCAAACUGGUUGCCCGCAAAGUGGUUGCCCGCAAGUGUCGCGACGCACGGCAACCCAAAAUAGAACAAAAAUGUCUCCCGCCCACUUUUGAAUUUCGUCCAAACGAAGUGUCAAAAUUCCCAAAAGAAAUAAAAUAAUUCCGAGAAAAAUAUUUUUCGGUCCGAAAACCACAUGAAAAAUUCAUUUUUGACAUUUCGUUUGAAUUCAACCGAUACUAGGUGGGCGAAGCGCCGAAACGAGGCGGGAGACUCCCUGGGUUGCCGUGCGACGCCAUUCUAUCGCUUUCACAGCUGCGGCUUCCCACCAUGUUUGGCCGUGGGGGUGUUUGUAAGCAGGGGAAUUUUUUGUCGUUCGUGGAAGCUUUCCGCUUGUUAGACUAGAUCAAAUUUUUCCCGUGAAAAAAUUCAGUCCCAGCCAACUCCGAUCUUCAUACUAUUAGCUCGGUCAAAGUAAGUCCCCUUGCAUCGCUCAUGGACUACCAAGACCCUCUCUUUCCUUCCAAGUACCCCUUGAUUUUUCCAUAGCAUCCUCGAAAAUAUCCGUCCUUCCGAAAACCUGACAAACACCUCAUCUAAAUCAAUACAAUCCCCUCUUACUUGUCCAACAACAAUUUAUUAACAGAGCCGAAGUAAUUGCUCUGAUUGUCGACACUCCGCCCACUCUGAUGUAUGUGUUGUGGGCAGAGAUUGCCACGGCUCCGGAGCCGGCUCUUGGCUCCGAGCCGGGAGUCAGAGCCGGAAAUUUUGGGUGCGGCUUCGGCUCCCGAGCCCAAAGUCGGAGCCAGGCUUCUCAGCGUUCAGAAAAGUAA